AUGGCUAAUCAAACUCAAAACACCUUGUUAAUGAAUUUGACAAAUCAAAUUGCCCAAUUGAUUCAACAAUUGCAAACUGCGCUCAUGUCACAGGGAGAUCAAGACCCUAUUUCCUGGAUAGAAGAAGUUGAAAUUGCCUUUGAAGCUAAUCAAAUGAUCUGUCGCAACCAAGUUCUUGUAAUUGACUGCUGGGAUGAUAAUGCACAACCUCAAAAUAGUUUCAAGCUAACUUUUAUCUAUCAAUUUCGUAUGCCUGCAUUAGAAACAGCUUUUGAAAGAGCAAAAGCUUUUGAAAGUGCCCUUUAUAAGACUUCUAACCUGUCUACUAUUUCUAAAUAUCCUCAGCAGGGUAAUGGUUACCUCUAUAUAAUGUACUCACAACCUCUACCAGUCUUCUUAGCUUCAACUUCUAUGUCAGAAUCUAAGGUCAUAAUUGAAAAACUAGUAGAGGCUGUAAACAAAAUGACUAUGCAAUUGCAGGAAAAGAAAAAAUUCUUUCGAGAAUAUUCUAAAGAAUACUUAGCUAAAGUGAUUUGUUAUAAAUGUGGUAAACCUGGACACAUUAGUCGAAUGUGUCAAGAAAAUGUAAGUAACACUAAAAACCUCAACACAGGAUCUGAUAUGAAUAUAACAGUUAACAAAGAGGAAGAAGGUUGGCCCUUAUUUAUGCCAGCAGAGAGGCAAGAAUGUAAAAGAUCUUCCGUAAAUGUGCUCUUUAGAGAAUUCCAAAAGGGUUCUACUGAAUCCACUAGAGCUAAAAUAAAUGAGGACCUGAUCCAAAAGGAGGUGUCAAUAGAUGAAGCUCUAUUAGAGGAACUGCUAGAAGAAGAAACUGAAUUAGAUAGAAGCUUGAAACGAAAAAAGGUUAUGACUAAAAGAAAGUUAAAAAACAAUAUUAAUAUAGUGCCGGAAAUAAGGUCAACAGCAUUAUAUUGUGAUGUUAAAGUAUUAGAUAAAGUUUUUUCUCUUAUUUUAGACAGUGGAUCCUCUGGAAGCAUCAUCUCCUCUUAUUUUUUAAGGGAGUUAGAAAUUACUUCUUUUCUGUUUGAGGUGGGUGGUGUUAAAGUGCCUGUUGAUGUUGUUGCCACUGCUGAAAUGUCAUUUUUAUGGGAAGAUAAAGAAAUCAUUGUUCCUGUUGAAUUUUGUCAGAUUACUUGUGAAUUUCUAGAAAGGAACAGACCUAGUAAAACUAGAGAAUUGUAUGAGGAAGACAAAGAUGAAAACAUGUCGGAGGGAUCCCUUACUGAUGAAGAUGCUGAGUUUGACAAUGAAAACCUUGAGACUCAAAUUUACGAGGUUUCAAGUUUUGAUGACUUCUUUCAACCAAUUCCUUCUACCAUCAUGCAGGGCCAUGAGUUACAUGAAGAACUGUUAAUGAGUUGGGAAUCAGAGGAUGAUUGUUGGUUUGAUGACAAACCUUUGCCCUUUUUUCCUUCUAACACUGUAUUAAUAUCUCUUGAUUCUGAUGAAGAACCUGAUAAUAGUUAUGACGAAGUGUUGAUCAGUUCUCUCCCCUUGCCAACUCCUAAUAGCACUAGUAACUAUUGUAGUAAUCUAUCUUGUGAAAACCUCCUGGCCUUAAGGAGCUCUUGCUAUGCUCUUGUGUUAUCAACUGAUAAAUUAGUAACAAAAGCUUAUGAACCAAUUACCGAUCUACUUGACUUUUGCUAUAAAAAAAAGACUCCUGAGAUUUUGUACCAUAAUGACGAAGGUUAUAAUGAAGUAAUUUCUUAUACUAGUCAGGAUAUUAUGCCAGCUGAAAAAAAUUAUACUACAAUCGAAAAAAAGUGCCUGGUGGCUGUUUGGGCUGUCAG